AUGGAAGAAGAGGAUUUGGACUCGAAAUAUGAGAACGUGCCCUCACAGAUAUUUUACAAAGAACUGAAUGCUGAAUUGAAGGACAGGGUUAAUACACAAUGGGAAAAGUUAAAAGAUUUAAUAGAAGAACAACCUUUACUUAAAGAUGUUUGCGACAAACUUGAAAAAAAUUUAAAAUCCUUAAACGCUAAUCCUCAGUCAGAGAUGUUAAGUAAGAAGCAUUGUUAUGAUAUAAAUUACUGGUUAUUUGAUAAUGUACAUAACAAGCUUAAUAUUAAAGAGGAGGACCCUCUUUUUUAUAACAUUAUCGAUAGUGUCCAUAGUGUAUGGAGAGAUAUAAAUGAGAGUUUGCCAGAUAAGACUCAUAUAUGUAAACCAGAUUCAACGUUAAUGGACAUGCCUGUUUUGAAGGAAUUUAAGCAUUUGUUUGAUUUUAUUGAAAACUUUGCGUUUUUUAAAGCAGAAGCUUUUAAGGAUACUCCCAAGGCAUGCACGAAAUAUUUUAAAUACCUUGAACGUAGUGUCCAAAUAUAUUAUGCAAGGGAGAUCUUUUGUACUAACCCAGAAAGUAAUAUGUGCAAUAGAUAUAUUGAUAACUACAAAUCUUAUAAUCCAAAAAAUGUUAGAGAAGAAUUAAACGUGUCUAAACUUAUUAUGGAACUGUCCAAGGGGAUGUUGGAACAACUGUAG